AUGGUUAUGCUCCAGAGGUCGGUAGUGGUGGGUGGCGAGUCCCUGAUCCAGGCGGUGUACACAGCCCUGAACCUGCCUGGCCUUCGGCCAUGCCUGCAGAGCCCCAGCGAACCAUCCCUAGCCUUCAUCAAGUACGACGUGGCCAAGACCAAAGGCAAGCGAAAGGAGAGGCGGGGAGCCCAACCCACCAUCCUCAACGGGGGACAGAUUAGGGUGGGCAUGGUGCUGAUAUACCAAAAGACACAGAUGCUGUACGCGGGUUUUCCCCUCGCCAGCUACGGGUGUAUGAAGCAAGAUUUUUUGGUCUUCAUCUCAAAACACACCAAGUAUGACUUUUGCCAGAGAUUGCCCCUCCGUGACCAACCACCUCCUACACCUCCCGACGACGAUCACUCUGAAGAACCUGAAGAUACGUGACGCUAUUCUCCCAUCUCAUUUUCCUCUUCUCGUGAAACUACAGUACAAGGACUUGGUAAAAAUAAAUGCUGAGUGGUAUGAAUCACUAGUUUAUCCACCUUUUCGGCCUGAUCUAUAGGUCCCAACUCUUACCCUUUGUUUAAGCCGGAUAUAUGUACCAUCACGAGGCGCCCCAAGGCAAUCCGUCAAGGUCAAAUGUCAAGAUCACAAGUGAAAUAUUACUUAUUAAAUUUGGUUGCGAGAUUUAGACAGUAUGUUAGGUAAUGUCGCUGUAGUUUAUAAUGAAGGCUACAUACGACCAAUUGUUAUGGUCAUAAUGUACCAAUAACAACAUAAGCUGCCACUCUGCAUUACGGUGAUAAGAAAACCUCUCAGAUUAUUGUUACCAUCUUACCACCGAGGAAACAUCCCGAGAGUCUAAGCUGAGUUAGGUGAUGGUUGAUCUUGAACUCGCGCUCAAUCACAAAAUAAAAGGAAAUCUUGUAAAUAUAAUGCCCAAGGGUGACUUCACAUAACUCAAUGAUUCUGUGAGUUAUAUACAGUACAGAGAACAUAUCAGGUCCAAGGAACCAUCAUCGGUGUGCUAAUACAUUUCUCAGUAACAGGUGAUGAGUUUCCGAGAUAUUUACGUAAAGAAUCUCCAUAUCGAUUAUAUCAUGGGGCAAUUUUUAGGUCAUAUUUUAUUGGUUAUGACUGUAGAAACUUUUCCUAGUGUAACAGUGCCUUCCACCUCAAACAGAUAAUGUUUAUAUCCUAAUCCAAACUGCUGUAGAUGUGCUUUGUGAGAUAAUAUAGUUUCAUAUGAAUACUCUCGGUUACCAGACUCCUUUUGUUUUUUAACGAGGCUUCAGUCAACUACAUGAACUGAAGGAUUUAUAACUAUCCUCAUAUAAUCAACAAAGAUUUAUGUGAUUGCUUCAUGUAUUUUACCCUUUGAAACACAGAUUGCCAAACAGAUAGGUUCACAAUUACUAGUAACAUUGUAGAUUUAUAUACGGUGUUCUAUGACCUAUGGGCCGAGUGUAAGAAAGGGCCAAUUACAAUAAAUAGCAAUACAGUACAAUAUUUUUUUUUUUCGAGUGGGAUCAUAGUAGAUUGUGCAUCAUCCAAAUGGGACUGAAGUAAUAGGCACUUGAUUAUUUCUGCGUGUAAUGGUGUUAAGAGACAUUCUACAUCUCUUAUAACUCCCAGAUGUUUACCAGUAACCUGAUAAUAAUCGUUACAAUAUCUGAUGUCAGCCACGGCACAUGGGAUACAUAACUGAUGAUAUUAGUUACAUCACUGACACCUUCAACAAACCUCACUGAUAGCAUUACCUUACCUCAAACACAUCUACGUAAUUGCCAUCGGCCCUUUGUGUACUAUGGCCCGGAUACUGAUGUCUAUUUAAUGUUUUUACUAUUGCUUGUUCUUCCAGUACUGUUAAGGUUGUUAUUUCCAUGAAGAUAAUAUCCUUGUAUAUAUAUAUAAGAAUACUGUACCUAUAUACAGAAAAUUGCCAGCUCUUCCUCUUUUGCCAAAUGAUAUAAAUUCACCAAAUAUGGUUUUCAAUGCUUUAGAUUUAUUGUCCUAAAUAGAUUCCUUUUCGUCUAAACAUGGUGAAAUGUUUACGAUUUCUAUAAUGUAAUGUUCACUUACAGUUGGUUAUCUAUGUGAAAAAUACCUCCUUGUGUGUGUGUGUGUGUGUGUGUGUGUGUUUAGUGGUGGAAUAGAAUAUGUUAUGUGGCUUCCUGAGUAUAUAUGAUAAGGACUCUUACAAACUUGGUCUUACAUGACUCUUGAAUAAUUGCAGCUCUUAGUACAUUUGGUAAAACGCCAAAGACAGGACGGAUCAGUAAAUUAUAUUAUUAUAGGAACAAACAGGUUAAGAAUAUUGGUUGUUUAACAUCAUUAUACCUGCUUACGGUGAUUCUACCAGUAUGUAUUGAACUUUGAAAUAAUUAGAAGAAAAAACAACUCAUUAUUGCCUUAAUAUAUUGUGGCAUUUUUUACGUAUAGGAAAAGGUAAUACAAUUAAAGCGACAUUAAUUAAAAAAAUUCCAAGUCCAAUAAUUAUCAGAUUGGUAUUCGACUUUUAUUUAAUGAUAAUCAACAACAACUUUUAUGGAAUCUUAU